AUGGCCGUUUACAUGUUUGUUCUGAUUGUUUUGAGUGGUGCUGGGCGUCCCGUGUCAGCUUUCAUUCUCAGCUUGACCCGCAACCCUGACGAAGUCUACCGGCCUCAGGACUUCCAGCUUGGCGUCGUGGUCGGCGAGAGUGGCAGCGGAGUUACGUCGCUUCUCUGCCGGCUGGCCCAGCAUGGCCAUGAGGAAGGUUCAGUGGAGUUACUUUCUGACCAGGCAGUCGCAAGCCUCUUCGAGGAUGCGACCGAGACGCUGCCGAUGGUGGGCCUCAACAACAUCCCAGCCUGGUGCAGGCCCUACCACUGCCUGUCCAACGGUCAGCAGUGCCGCGUCAGAUUAGCGCUGCAGCUGAGGAGCAACGCAGUCAUCGACGACUUCGGCAGUGGCGUUGAUGUGCGGGAGAUCCACUCCAUGGCAAAUGCCAUCAGCAAGCGCGUGCGGAGAUCCAACCUCCGGAGAGUGCUCAUCGGCACACACUGCACGACAUGCAUCAGCUUCUUCCAGCCUGAUUUUGUUGUGCAAAGCAAUGGGUCGGUGUCAUGGAAUCCGAACCCGCCGAUCGCGCGGGAGGUGAGGGUGCACCUUGCAGCAGGCUUCAUGGGGAAGGAACUGGCGAAGCCUGGAGAGACCGGAAGUGCUGGGCGGGCCUUCUCGGCCACAGAGGCUGCUGUGUGGCCCCGCGCGCUUCGGGUCCGGCGCGAGGUGAAGUCCACCCAAGUCCAGCUGGAUAAGCGGACACUGGAUGCAGCAGCCGCCUUCGAGUUCCCAUUCGAGGGUAAGGCCGAAUGCCUCAUCCCAGUGUUGCCUGAGAAGAGCCUCGAGAGCAUAGCAUGGAGCAUUGGCCUCGUCAUCGGCCCGUCGGGAACUGGCAAGACCACGACGAUCCGGAAGCUCUGCGAGGCACACGAGGACCUGACCCUCCGCAGCACCGACGAGGUAGAGCCCGAGCCCGCGAAGAGUGCCUGGGAACUUGGGAAGGCCCUCAUGUCGGAGGAAGACCUCAGGGAAUGCCUCCAGGCCUGUCAAUUGCCGGAAGAAUCCUGGCAUCGGCAAUGCUCCUGUCUGUCGCGAAGUGAGGCCUGGCGCCUUCGCAUCGCGCUUUGUUUGCAGCAGUGCCGAAAUGCUGAUCGCCAGCUCUUAGUGGUGGACGAGUUCACAACACAGCUUGACCGCGCACACGCCCUGCGCCUUUGCCGCUCCCUGGCCUCCUACCUUCGCGCCUACAAACUGCGUGCAGUUCUCGCCACCGUGCACACCGACGUCACACCCCUGCUGCGACCGGAGUGGGUCUUCGAUACCGGGAACGCUGAGUUCGCCGCCAACUUGGGAGACCCGGAAUGGGACAAGUGGACGAUCCCCAGCCCGCCAAGUGAGGACAUCGAUUGGGGAGUCCCAGAGCUCACGCUUAAGGUCCACUUGGUCGAGCACUCGUCCGUCCAGACCGUUUGGAAGCGACACUUCAAGGACCACCAUUACCUUGCCGGCUCCCUCGCUGGCCUGCAGAACUUAGCCUUCAUCGCCCUGCAUGAAGGCGCAAUGGCGGCUUUUCAUGCAUCCAGCAUGCAGCCGGGAAGGAAGACAUUCGUCCGUGAGCAUCGCCUGGUUGUACGGCCCGAGUUCCAAGGCUUUGGCAUUGGACCGCGGCUGUCGGACUUCAUGGCUCAAAGGUGGCUGGAUUCCAAGAGCCACUCCACCAGCGGCUUCAUGUCCAAGACGGCGCACCCACGCCUGGGCGAGUGCCGCCAGCGCUCGCAGUUGUGGCGCCCUCUUCGUUCCAACCUCCAGGUCAGCCUGGGAUCGGAGUUUGGGAAGAUGGGCUUUGCCGGCCAGAAGCGCGAGAUCAUCACCUUGGCGCAUGGCACGCAGCUGCAGGUCCGGAAGGUGCCGCCCGGAUUUUGCAUCACGGUCCGAUGGCCCACGCGUAUGAUCACUCUGAACCAGGAGUUGUUGAGGCGCAGCAAAACCUCCUUGAGGGACCAACUCCCGUUCCGGCUGGAGGGCCGCCUCGGCCGGCUCGUGCUGAAGUCCGUUGUGCCUGGCUUCCUUCUUCCAGAAGGUGUCAUGCUCGAGCGCGGCUGGGCACUUGCUGAGAUGAAUGGCGAGCCGGUCAAAACAGUCCAGCAACUUUCCAAACUGCUGAGGACUUGGGCGCACAUUGAGUCCGCCGGCCUGUGCCCGAUUGGCAGGCAGCCUCGCACGCCGCAAAGGUCUUCUCAGGAGGAGGCUGCCAAAGACCUCCUCCUUCUGCAAACACGGCUGGCGUGCAACGCGACACUGGACGAUGAGAUCUGCCAGGUCCGCCGCCUCUGUCAGGAACUGGUCCAGGCACAGAAGUCAGCGGCUGAUGGCAUCAUGCGGCCCAACAUCUCCGAGGUACGACUACAGAUCCUCCCUGAACUGGAGGUUCUCUUGGGGAAGAGAUUUAUGGCAGUCGAGCGCAAAGACCGCAUCUGCUAUUCCCACCAGUUUGUGGGCCACGUUGCACCUCGAGAGUCCAAGUGGGAGAGGUCCGAGCAGUACCAGGCCUGGAUGCGCCUCCGUAUGGCCGAGCUGAAGUCGGAGGGCAGGACCCACGGCCAGGCUUUGGAAGAGGCGAAACUUGAGUUCGACAGAGGUUCCGUCGUGGUGCGUGUGCCCAUAGAUCAGCUGGCCGCGUGCGCUGCGCCAGAUGUGGAGAAGGACCAGAUUGCUGACGUCUUGGGCAUGACCCUGGAUAGCUCCCUCCAGCUGCUGACCGUCAAGGAGGGUGGGCGCGUGGCCUUCUGUGGAGUGCCGCUGGAUCCCACCCAGAACGUCUGGGCAGUCACGGCACUCCGGCGAGGUGAGACGAAGCAAACCAUACAGGACCUGGACGCAUUCGUGGCAUGCAUCAAGUCACUGGUUGGCGCUCCCAACACAGGUGCCAACAGCUUGGAUCUCUGGAUCUACCUUUGCAGGAGGCAGCGGCGAGGAGGGCGCCGUGCCUCAAUCGCUCAAGCGACGCAGGCUUUGCCAGCUCCGCCGUGA